AUGGGUGAACUUGACUUCUUCGUGCGAGAUGUUGAGAGUUUACUCCGGAAGUUGGAUAGAAGUGUAGUUGAAUAUGAAGAUCAUUGUUUUGUUGAACCAACAACAACUAUUCGUAAUUUUAUUGAAAGUGGAUCCUUAGUGAAUAAACUCAAAUCGUCGUGUGAAUUGAACUAUGUCAAUAUCGAAGAAAUAAAGAUGACACCAACUGUUUUUCCAGAUUUUAACAUAAACAGUACUGUAAAAGAAUGGUACGAUGAAUUUAACGGUGAAGUUAAAGUUAUGUUUGGUUUUAAAGACGAUUCCAUAUUCAGAUUCCAGAAUAAGAAAAACGUUAUUCAAGAACAAGUUGAUAUUGAAGUUGCAUCACAAAUCGCAAAGAUGAAUGUCAAACCAUCAUGUACAACAGAAAUGGAAGAACAAUUCGAAAUUCUUAAAAAGCAAAUAGAACAACUUCAAAAUGUGUCGUCAGAACAGUCAAAAACACAAGCCGAAAUUAUCAUUGAGCAAGCUGCAACUAUAAGUAGUCAAACAGAAACAUUAAAUGACAUUAAAAUGACGUUGUCCAAACAAGAUACCAGCAUAUGUGAAAUGAAAAGAAAUGAACGUGAAAUGAAAANACCAUCAUGUACAACAGAAAUGGAAGAACAAUUCGAAAUUCUUAAAAAGCAAAUAGAACAACUUCAAAAUGUGUCGUCAGAACAGUCAAAAACACAAGCCGAAAUUAUCAUUGAGCAAGCUGCAACUAUAAGUAGUCAAACAGAAACAUUAAAUGACAUUAAAAUGACGUUGUCCAAACAAGAUACCAGCAUAUGUGAAAUGAAAAGAAAUGAACGUGAAAUGAAAAAGACAUUAUCAGAAAAUAGCCAGUGUAUCAAAGUUUUACGUCAAUAUAACUUCACGCUCAUUCGCCUGCAUCAACGAAUUUUAAUUGAAAAAUUCAGAUUAUACCUUGCUAAGAAAUAUCCCGAAAUUUUCUAUGAAGCUUGUGAUUUGGCUGUGAAUGAUUCGACCAGUUAUCGUGAAAUCUCACCGCAAAUUUCAACUUUUUUAAAUGCCUUAGAACAUUCCAAUAAAAUUACCAGCCCAAUCGAAAAACAAUGUUUCCAGUUUGUCCAUUCAAACCGUGGUGGUGAAUAUUACUAUAUUAGCGAAACAUACGUACACGAUGCGUCUCAACAAACAAUAGCUGAUUCAGUAUUAAGGGCGCGCAAGAAACAUCGAAAUACAUACAUCGAAAUGUAUAGAUUAGUUUACAAUCAAGAACCACAGUUUCUUGAUGAUGCAGAUCAAGAAGUAUUAUCAUUUGUUGAUGAUUUAGAAGAUAGCUGA